GCAGCUCAAACUCUUGCCCGGACUAACCCACUCAGCAUCCACGAGUGUGACGGCUCAGCGCGCACCAAGCGGACAGUGAGAGCGGAGCGUUGGGACAUUUACGCACAGCCUCUUUUUUUUGCCUCUGGAUUGUUUUGGCGCAUCUUUAAGUCCUCAUUGGAGAGUUUGGGACAUUUCUCUGCAUUCCUUGCAUUUUUGGAUUCAUUGUAGCACGCACACGGCAGCUCCAAGUACGAUGCACUCGCACCUGCUCCUGUUGAUAUUGAGCUGUUUCUUGGGUGCAGCGUCGGUGAGGGUCAUGAAGGGGGGCGCCUGGAGCGCACGGGACAGCGGCUCUCUCCGGUCCUCGUCGGACCCGUUCUCGGAUGGCGCUGAUCAGGACGUGGUCUCCCAGCACAUGUCCAAUCUGUACGAGAAAUACAACAGGGAAACCCGCCUCAAGGAGGGAAACACAGUCAGGAGUGUCAGAGCCAAUCAAGACUCCUCUGACUAUAGGGCGGCGUAUCGACUAAACCUCACAACCCUCCAGGAUUCAGAGGUCAUCCUUUCUGCCACAUUCCACUUCCUGCUCGAGCGGCGCCCUCACCAAAAACCCUGGUUCUGUAAACGCUUUGAGAGCCCGUCCUGUCGCUCCGCGGUCGUCAACCCUUCUCCGUCCAUCAGCCUGCUCUUUCGCUCUGUCUCCUCCGGGUCAGAGGUCACAUCUGGGUCAAUGGGGUCACUCCUAGGGAACGUGACCUUUCACCCCCACAGGAGAGGGGUGUGGCAGAUGAAAGAUGUGACCCAGGUCAUAAAGGAGGCGCGGGAUAAGGGUCAUCUCCUGGUGACAGUGGAGUUGGACUUAGGGCAGCACCACCAAAGGAAACCAGAGGAAGUGCUGUCCGCCGGCAGCCUGCCCUACCUAUUAGUUUAUGCCAAUGACCAAGCCCUGGAGGAGCCCAACAGCGUGGCUGCAAGUCUUCAGAGAUAUGACCCGUCCAACGAGGGAGGAGAGCGCUCACAUUCCUCUCAGCUGCCGCACACAGCUAACUCCUCACCAGAGGUGAAAGGACGCGUGAGAAGGCAGGCGACUCUUCCCACUGACCCCAUCCAGAACAAUGUGCUACCUGAGGUUGACUACAGGCCUGAUGGGUACAGGAAAGACGACCUCUGGGAGAGCACUUGGUACCUCAAGCCCAAGCCUAAAUCAGGAAGGAAGGAGGAGAAGAGAAAGAGCCAGGAUGAAGAAGUGGAGGGAGGAGGAGCACAUGAAAGAGAAGAACCCCAGGUUCUCAAAGAAGAAGAAAGAACAUCACAUCAUGGGCUCAAAGCCGACGACUCAACUGUGAAGAAAGACAAAAACGGUCGCACGCGGACUAGCGGUGAUGGACGAAAGCAUGAGAGGAGAAAUGAGGCAAAGGAUGUAAAAAAGCACAGGGGGCGCUCUAACGCACAGUCGCCUGUCCUGAGUUUUGAUGAACAGACAAUGCGUAAUGCCAGGGGGAGGCAGUGGGGCAAUGGCCAGCACAGAGGCUGCUCCAGGAGGAACCUCAGAGUGGACUUUGCAGAUAUUGGCUGGAGCGAGUGGGUCAUAGCUCCCAAGGCCUUUGAAGCCUACUACUGUGCUGGUACAUGUGGAUUCCCCAUGCCCAAGGUGGCGAGGCCGUCCAACCAUGCCACCAUCCAAAGCAUAGUCCGAGCCGUUGGCAUCAUCCCUGGGGUUCCUGAGCCCUGCUGCGUCCCAGAAAAGAUGAAUCCCCUGGCGGUGCUCUACCAGGACGAGUCUAGGAACCUGGUGCUCAAGGUUUACCCCAACAUGUCCAUCCAGUCCUGCUCCUGCAGAUAGGAGGGGGGAGGGGGACCAACAUGGUGGAUGUGGGGAGAAACGGAAAAACAGGACUAACGGAGACACAGAACCAUACAUCUGUUUGUCGAGUGGUUUCUUGAUCCUGGAGAAACAGCGUCACUUUGGCCAUCAUUAUUCCUCAAGGAACGUAGGCUGUAGAGAAAUCACUUCCAUCUCUUUAGUCCUGCGGUGGAAGACUUGAAGAGACACAUUGUCUGGCAUCAGCCUCGGCGAGAGGAACAGAGUCGCACAUGUAGAGUCGGGGCUCCACAUGGCCACGAAGCCCCGGUUGUUUUGAUUCCGUUUGAGAUAAUAUUGAGGGUUUCAUGGACAGGAGCAUUUAGAGAAUGUUUUCUCUUUUAUCUCAGAAUAUAUCGGUCUUUCAGAAAGUUCGCUGUGAGUGUGUGUUCAUGUUUUCUUUGGACACAACAAGCUAUAAGUAUGAGACUUUAUCAAUGUGUCAUCGGGCAGCUUUACACUGCAACACACAGAUGAGAGAUUAAGAGACAGAUUUUGUCAUUUUUACAUACUGUGUCCAGCUGUUCUUACUUUGGAGGUAAUCACACGCCACUGUGUACAUACAUGCAGCGUUUAAUUUGUUUGCAAGACGGGAAGGUUAUUGUACAUUCUUGCUCUCGAGGAAGUAUCCAGUGAAUUGGGGAGAGCAUCUGGAAUCCAUUAACACUCGCCACCCCUUCACGAAUACUACAAUGAAAACAGAAGAAUGUUUCUAUUUUGAAUGUGACACUUGGUUAAAGAUAAUUUGUCAUGGUUACUAGGUUUUGUAUUAUUAUAUUCUAGAUGAGAUGCUGUACAUGUGUAUUGUUUAAAUUAUGAAA